AGAAAAGUCAUUAAAAACUUCACCUCAAAUCAAUGAAUAUAUCGGUUAAUCAAUAAAAAAAAAUUGGUUCUACGUGACCACAACAAUUCUGAUGUCUAUUCGCAUAACUAUAUUUUGGGGGAGUGUUUCCGGUUAAAAAUGAUUCGGUUCAUACUCAUACAGAACAGGGCAGGGAAAACUCGGCUUGCCAAGUGGUACAUGCAUUUUGAUGAUGAUGAAAAACAGAAAUUGAUUGAAGAGGUACAUGCUGUAGUCACUGUCAGGGAUGCCAAACAUACAAACUUUGUUGAGUUCCGUAAUUUCAAGAUAGUGUACAGAAGGUAUGCUGGGUUAUAUUUCUGUAUUUGUGUGGACGUCAGUGACAAUAAUCUAGCCUACUUGGAAGCAAUACACAACUUUGUUGAAGUCCUCAAUGAAUAUUUCCAUAAUGUGUGUGAGCUGGAUCUAGUCUUCAACUUUUAUAAGGUAUAUAGUGUAGUGGAUGAGAUGUUUCUGGCAGGAGAAAUCAGAGAGACUAGCCAAACUAAAGUUUUAAAGCAAUUAUUGAUGCUUUCUUCACUAGAGUAGUGAUUCAAGUUAUACUCAAAACAUUGGUCAUUGUACGCUGUAACUUAAAACCUGUAAGUGAUCUAAAGUCUAGGAAUUUGGUGCACAGUACUGGGAGUAUAUGAAGUAUAUAUUUAUUCAAUGAUUCUUCUUUGUCCUGGUCAUGAGAUGAAAGAAAUCUGGAGAAGAAAACAAACAACAUGCAAAUUAUACAUAUGCACUGAAUAUUCAAUACCAUAUGUUAUUAAGUGCAAGUAGUACACAAGAAGGACAGGAAGUUUCAUUAUAAGAUCACUAAAUUAAACGUUUGUUACAUGUACAGUUCAAACUAGAAAACUUAAAAGUCAUAGAGUCUGUUAAAAACUUGAGAUUUUAGGAAAAAGUUGUACUUUAACAUGCAGAAUAAGUUUUUAUAGGAUCUCAUUGUUGAUGAUGAUUUAAAAGACAGAAUUUUCACUCAAGAGAUUUUGAGUUAUCUAGUUUCAGCUGUAUUUGUAUUAUACCGGCAUUCUACCUAUUUUGUGCAAUUUCAUUCUCCAUUUUACAUGUACCAGUUCUUAGUUUUGCUGAUAAUACCAUUUUCAUUUUAAAAGAGAAUAAUAUAUUUUGGUGAAUGGCUAUCAUUUUAAAUGUUUGGAAAAUGGUCAUGAAAGUUUAGAACUCCAGUAAUGUUUGCUAAUUUAACACUGUUAGUAUGUACUCUGCUUUAAUUUAUUACCCCACCUCUUUCAUUCUGUAAGCUGUAUUAUUAACAAGUGGGUACUUAAACUUUAUGUAACUUGAUGUUUAAUUUGUUUUUUUUUCUCAAAUUUAAUGAUAAGCUUCAAUAUCAACAAAAUUUUAAGUACAGUUGAACCUGUAUUUAGCUACUACCUAUAUUAAGUGGCCACUUGCCUUAAGCAGACAGUCAGCUAACUUUCCAAAUUGACUUUUUGCUCUUUUUCAUUUUGUUUAAGCAACAACUUGUCUUAAUCAGCCAGACUAUGCCACUGUCUUGACUGGCUGAUUAAUACAGGUUUGACUGUACUGGCAUUAAUUAUUGUAGAUGAGCAAUGUUUUUUCAGCACAACUUUUUUUCAGAACCCCUACCUUUAAUUCUUAGCUCACAUUUGAACAGAAAUUUAAAUCUUCUUUGGAAGAUAAAUGCUAUGAACUCUACCAACAAACAUUCCAUCACAUCUAUGAUUUUCAUUGUCAUAUGAAUGUUGUUUAUUGUUUGUAGAUCAUAAUUAGUUGCACUAAGUUUACAUUCUGGUACCAUCAAGUUUCCUUCAGGUUUGCAUUACAGUAUAAACUUAAAGCAAACAUGAAUAUGACAGAAUUCAAACUAGAUCAAAUUUGUUAAAGUGUGAAAUUUUGUUGCUGUUGUUUGUAUCUGCCGAAUCACAUCAUUUUAUUAGUGGUAUACAAAACACUCCCGUACAUUCUUACUCAGUAUUGGCUUUUUGCAAAAUUUCUGUUUCCGAAAAAAUAACUUUUCUCCGACAUGCACUUUUAAGUAAGGUUAUGUGUUGCUUUCUUACAUUGCAUAGAAAGAUGUCAUUUGUUUUGUAUAUAAAUAUUGUGAUAUAUUAAUUUUAAAUAGAUAUGUUAUAGACAUGUAUAUGUACUUAAUUUGUGCAAAUAAAUAAGAUACAACUUUUA